AUGGCUGGACGGAAUGAUCGUGCAAUAGUUGAUGCUCUCCAAGCCUUAGCUCAGGCUAUGGGGAAUCAAAAUAGGGGAGAAGUUGUUGGAGAUGCUGAGUACCAAGGGUUGGACCGCUUCCAACAAAACAAUCCCUUUGCUUUUAAUGGAGGAUGCAACCCUGAUGGUGCUCAAAAUUGGACAAGGGAGAUCGAGAAAAUCUUCCGAGUGAUGGCAUGUCUGGAAGGGCAGAAAGUUGCUUUUGGUACAUAUACUCUGGUGGAAGAAGCUGAGUAUUGGUGGGAGAACACCCGCCAAUGCUUGGAGGCAAAAGGUCAAGUUGUGACCUGGGAAGUCUUCAAGAGGGUAUUUCUAGAGAAAUACUUUUCUGAGGAUAUUAGGAACAAGAAGGAGAUGGAGUUCCUGGAGCUAAAGCAAGGGAACAUAAUUGUGGUUGAAUAUGCAGCUAAGUUUAAGGAGAUGGUGAGGUACUUUCCCCAUUAUCAAGGAAGAGAUAGCGAAAGUUCGAAAUGUGUGAAGUUUCUGAACGGCUUGCGACUUAAGGUGAAACAAGCUGUGAAUUACUGA